UUUAAAAAUAAUUUUAACUGCCAUCCAUGUCUUCCAGUGCUAGUAGCCAAAGUAAUUUUUUGUGCAAGUUAUAUUAUAAAAUGCUAACAAUGAAUAUACAAGUUAUACUUUUACGUAGUGCUGUUAUUUCUGGAAUGAUUGCGGUUGUUUUAACUAUUUUAUAUUUCACGCCAAUACCAGAUCAGUAUUUUUUAAGUUGUGAACGCCCUUGUCAUGAUCUAGAUUGGCCAAUGAUAUGUCGAGUAAAAUUCGAUAUAGAAUUUUAUCAGACGCUAUCAUCCGAGGAACAAUGCUUAUCAUGUCCGAGUAACGCCACAACAGAUUGUUUAGACAAUGAUCAAUGUAUUACAACAAAUGGUGCAGUUCGACCAAUCAUUACCGCAAAUCGAAAAUUACCUGGUCCUGCUAUACACGUGUGUCAAAAUGAUCUACUGGUCAUUGAUGUGACGAAUAAAUUACCUGGCCAAAGUAUAUCAAUUCAUUGGCGUGGUCAAACCCAAGUAGAAACACCAUUUAUGGAUGGCGUAACAAUGAUAUCACAGUGUCCGUUAACAAGUUACACAAGAUUUCAAUAUAAAUUUCGAGCAAAUGUUGCUGGCACACAUUUUUGGGAAGCAUACUCAAAAAUGAAUGCCAUGAAUGGUUUAUUUGGUGCAUUGAUUGUACGUCAACCAGAAAAUCUUACACCACAUAGAAAAUUGUACGAUAUCGACUCCAACGAGCACGUCUUAAUGAUUUCUGGUUGGAAUAAUCAAUUUUUAAUACAAAACUUCUAUCAAAAAGUGGAUGAAAUCGAUUCAUUAUUAAUAAAUGGAAAAACAAAAACAGAAAUUCAAGUAGAAUCAAAUAAACGAUAUCGUUUUCGAAUUGCGUACGUGACCAGCUCAAUUUUAUGCCCAAUACAAUUAACAAUCAAUAAACACAUUUUAAAAGUAAUUGCAUUAGAUGGACAUCCAACGACUCCUACAGAUGUAGCAAGUGUGAUUUUAAAUCGUGGCGAACGUUUGGAUUUUGUGUUAACUACAAAUCAAUUAAGUGAUAAAUAUUUAUUAAAUGUGGAAACAGUGAAUUGUGAUAUGGCUAGUGAUCCAGUGAAUGCAUCAGUGAUAAUUAAUUAUAUUAAUAAUGAAAAAUUUACCGAUAUUGAUUUUAAAACCAAUUAUAUCGAGCAAAGUAACAUUGCAUUUAAUAAUCAAAUAUUAACAAUGGAUAAUUAUUGUGAAAAUGUGAAUGAAAAUAUUUGUGUUGAUACAAUACAUUCGUUACAAUCAUUGCCAAGUGAUUUGCAGGUAUUAAAUGUGUCGCAAAAAUUGUUUUUGGGUUUUGGUGUCACUUCCAUGAAUAGUGGAAUUCUAGGAGGACGAAUUGGAUUAAUGCACAUUAACAAUAUUAGUUUUACAUUCCCAUCAUCUCCGCUGGUACUACAAAAUGCUUAUCCCGAUUCGAUGUCAAAAUGUACUCAAUCAAAUUUACCAUCACAGUGUUUGGGUUUAAAUUAUUGUGAAUGCACUCAUAUUGAACAAAUACCUUUAGGCAGUACAGUUGAACUGAUAAUUAUUGAUCAUGCUGGAGACCUUGAUCGACAUAUUUAUCAUAUGCAUGGGUACAGUUUUUGGGUAGUUGGUGCUAGACAAUUUAGUACAAUGGUUAGUCUCGAGGAAAUUAAAGAACUAGACCAUCGAGGAAUGCUAUUUACUCGCAAUUUAAUUAAUCCAUCCAGGAAGGAUACAAUUACGAUACCUAAAUAUGGUGUAGUGGCAUUAAGAUUUAAAGCUGACAGUCCAGGUUAUUGGAUAUUACGUGAAGAACAUAAUAUGGAUUGGACUCGUGGUGCUGAUGUGAUUUUACAAGUUGGAAAUCAAGUUGAAUUUGUACGAACUCCCUCUGAUUUUCCAAGAUGUGGUGAUUUUAUUGGACCCGAAUUUUUUCUUGCCUAAAAUAAUUGAUGUUAUUUCAUAG